GAUGCUUCGAAUUAUACGCGGUUGGCUCCUGUUCUCCACGUACCAACGCAGACAAAAUGCGCAGCGUGCGGGGUUUGUAAUCCAAGCAAAGGCAGCGCCUUGAAACAAAAACAACAACAGCAACUACCUUCAAGGCUCCUAAUUAAACCCACCGACAUAUACGCUACGAAUUUUGUUAGUUACUUAUAGCACAGUCUACUGCAAGUGGCCAGAAAUGACCAGGAGCAGUGGCCCAAAUGGCUCCGCGAUAUAGCAUGCAACGAGGUUAAGUUUCUCAAUAUAGCGAUACUACUGCUCCGCUACUCUAUGAUCGAGGCCCGAGAGUCCGAGCAAAGUGCCGUCACACAAAGCAGCUAUAGCAUGCAUCCGGUAGUGCAUAGAUGGAUAUCGCAUAUACAAGAUGACGCUGGGAAGAGAGUGUUUCUACGGCUAGCGGUAAUGUUGAUAGGAUUUUCGGUGCCCCACCAUACGACUAAGAAUUAUUGGGUACUCCAGCAACGGCUUCUCCCUCAUGCGGAGAGGUGCUUAUGGUGGAUGGGAGAAUUAGAAGGAGGAGAGUGCAAUAUUGAAGACAUUACCAUCGGUCAUGCAACAUAUAGCUUGGGCAACCUCUACUCGGAUCAGGGCCGGCUAGAGGAGGCUGAAACGAUGUAUCAGCGAGCGCUAGAAGGCUACGAGAAGGCGCUUGGACCGGACCAUACGUCGACUCUCGAUACAGUUAACAACUUGGGCCUUCUCUAUAAGACUCAGGGCCGGCUAAAGGAGGCUGAAACGAUGUAUCAGCGGGCGCUAGAAGGCAAGGAGAAGGCGCUCGGACCAGAUCAUACGUCGACUCUCCGUACAGUUCACAACUUGGGCAACCUCUAUAAGACUCAGGGCCGGCUGAACGAGGCUGAAGUGAUGUAUCAGCGGGCGCUGUCUGGUUAUUCAGCAGCCUUAGGCUCGUCCCACGCGAAAUCUCUCCUUGUUGUAAAGAAUAUAGCAUCUUUACAAUUUGUAAAAGGUAGCCUCUCCCUGCAAGAACUAAUAGUUAAGUUUGCUAACAUUUACAACUAG